AUGGAUGUUCUCAAAGACCCUGUGAAUGAUCGAUAGGUGAAGACUCUUAAGCCUCCUCCUCAUCGACCACUCUCAAAAAAUCUGAUGUUUCCAGAUAAAUUAAAGAACAAACCUGAUUGGAAAUUAUUGAAAGAUCACCUUCAAAGGGAAGGAAGAAUCGCAAAAGAGGAAUUAUUUAAAUUGGUAGCUGAUUGCAAUAAAUUAUUGAAAAAUGAGGGAAAUGUUCUAUAUUUGCAAGAUCCACUUACUGUUGUUGGUGAUAUCCAUGGACAAUAUUAUGACUUACUGAAAUUAUUGGAACCGAAAGUCGGUGGCAACCCAGAAACGACGAAAUAUCUCUUUCUGGGAGAUUUCGUCGACAGAGGCUCCUAUUCAAUUGAAGUAGUCAUUUUACUUUAUGCGAUAAAACUUAAUUAUCCCAAUACUAUUUAUUUUUUAAGAGGCAAUCAUGAAUGCAGAUAACUGACAGCAUUUUUUAAUUUUAAAGAUGAAUGUCUUUACAAAUAUGAUUAGGAAACCUACGAGAUGUUGAUGGAUUCUUUUGAUUUAUUCCCCUUGGCAUGUAUAAUAAAUUCAAAGUUUAUUGCAAUUCAUGGUGGAAUCUCCCCAGAUUUAAAAUCAAUAGAAGACAUCAAAAAAUUGGAUAGAUACCACGAACCACCUCGAAGUGGCCUCUUUUGCGAUCUACUAUGGAGCGAUCCAGUGGAUCAUGAUUAAGGAAACUUGGAUGGACAAUGGAAAAGCAACGAGGUUCGUGGUUGUAGUUGGUUCUUUGGGAUAGAUGCCAGCAUGAAGUUCUUGUAAAGAAACAGUCUCAUAAGCAUCAUCAGAGCUCAUGAAGCACAACUUGAUGGAUAUAAGAUGCAUCGAUGGAAUGGAGGGUAAGAUUUCCCUGUCGUGAUCACCAUCUUCAGUGCCCCCAAUUAUUGUGACGUUUAUAAUAACAGAGGAGCAGUUAUUAAAUUCGAAAACAAUACUCUAAAUAUUUAAUAAUUCUAGUAUACUCCGCACCCAUAUUUACUACCGAACUUCAUGGACAUUUUUACUUGGUCAAUACCUUUUGUGGCUGAGAAGAUUACUGAAAUGCUAUACAAUCUCAUUUAGGCAGGAGAUCAAGGUGAUGACGAUGAUGACGUUAACCAAGAGGAUAUUGAGCAAUUCAAAUAGAUGACAGGUCAGAAUAAGCAGUUUAAUAAACAGUAAUCAGGUGGCUCGACUGGAAAAAGUACUGAGAAGUUGAAGAAUAAGUUGAAAUUCGUGGCAACCAUGAUGAAGCUUCAAAAAACACUUAGAGAAGAAAGUGAAAGUGUUAUGAAGUUAAAAGGAGCUUGUCCUGAUAAAAGAUUACCUAAAGGUAUACUAUCAGCUGGUAAAACAGCUAUUUCUGAUGCACUUGCUGAUUUCAAUGUCGCCAAAACUGCUGAUAUAGUUAAUGAGAAGAUGCCUUCUUAAGCACAAGUUCCUUAACAAUCUAUAGCCAUAAAAAAACCCAGUAAUAAUACCCAAUAGCCAAAGAAGAAAUGAGAAUCAGAUUCUAUUAAAUAUAUAUUCAAAUAUAGAUGUAUAUAA